AUGCCGUUCGGUCGGCGGCAGUACUUGCUACCAGUGAAAUGUUAUCUCGUGAUCGCCGUUUCGCGCUUCAAGUUGAAUAGGUUUUCGACGCGUUCAGUCCAUUCAAUCCUCCUUAGUGGCCGUGUGUUUAUUGAGGCACCAUUUGGCACUAAGGAACUCCCUUCUCUCAUGCCAGCACUCGCCGGUCCGCUUAAGUUGACAUCGCAACUUGUUGCUGAUCAUUCCGUGAUUCCAUUCCCGCCUACCGCGAACGGUCAAAGACAUGAAGUGUUUUUAGUGCAAAGAGCACAGCUAUUGCGACCAAGCAUGUUCCGUAACUCGGCAGGGACCGCGGAUCUUUUUGCGCGACCAAUAAGCACCACAGCUUGGGCAUUCAACGAAGACAUGCAGGUCUGCACGACAGUGGCUGGCACUAAAGUUUGGCCCAUCAAGGUAGUCACAUUCUUUGAGCCGAGCUCGAACAACAACCACUGCUCUUCCUGCCCGGAUAGAAUUGGGUACAUAUAUUCGGGUAUCCGGAGACAUGAGGAGAGGGUGAUAGACUCUUCGAUCUCGGGCGGUGCCACUCACCGCCCGGGAUUCAUCACGUGGUCUCCGAACACCCGCGGACCAAGUGAUCUGGGUAAGCAAUUUACCGUUACGCUCGUCACGUUAGAGCUCUCGCUUAUUGCCACUGCGACAGUCGCGGGACGGCUUGAAGUUGAGUUGAAAUGUUACCAGCCUGCCGAUGUAGGCCUAGAGCUUCCUCUAGCACACACAGCGACUAUUCUGGACCCUGGAGUUAGAUGCGAUUCCGCCGCGGAACUACCUGAUCCGCAGUAUACCUUGUUGUUUACUCCACUCGGGGAUAAGGACACCAAAAUAAUGCAGUCCUUGACGGAAAUUCUGUUUGUGUGGCUUCUACCCGCGAAAUUUAAGAAAGAGUUGGUACUGAUGGGCCUGGUUGCAGACGGCGCAGAACCUAGAUUGCCAAACGGUGCCUCGCGGAGAACUCAGAAUCUUAUGAGUUUCGGAUCUACAGCUGAAGGGUUCUGA